UUUCGAUUCGUCCAGCUGGAGGACAGAAUCGAAACUUAGAAAAGAACAAAACAGCUGCAUCGAAGAUAGUCUUGAACAUAGGCUGAAGCUGAAGCAGAGACCAGCCAGACAGAGCCUGGACGCUGUUUACUGUAUAUGAUGGAGCUCUUAGAGACUGGCAACGCAAUUUCUAAUCUCUACAUGUAUGCACAGAGACGUGGUCUGAACUUAACUUAUGAGGUUCUUGACUCCGAGGGCCCCGAUCAUAAUAAACAAUUCACUGGGAGAUUUCUCGUAGAUGGCAAACCCUAUCCGAGUGGCGUGGGAAAAAACAAACAGGAUGCCAAGCUGAGCGCAGCUCUGACUGCUAUACGAUGUCUUCGUGGGGACCAACAACAGGACACAGAAGAAUAUUCAGCAGAAAUGUCUUCACCUGCUAGGCAAAAUGACAUUAACUACAUAUGUUGGCUCAAUCAAUACGGUCAAACAAAUAGGGUGAAUGUAGAAGCAAAGGUGACGGCACGGCCUGGACCAAAUAAUGCUACUCUAUGGUGUAAGUUUAUAGUGGGUGACACUGAAUACCCAGAAGCCUCUGGAAAAUCUAAGAGAGAAGCAAAGGAGGAAGCUGCUAAGUUGGUGUACAACAUGAUAAAUACUAGUCAAUCUCCAGAGGUCAUAGAUUCCCCAGUUCAACAAAAUCAGAUGGUCAAUGAAAACUUAAAUCGUCUCAGUGCAAAGACAAAAAGCCUGAGUAUAAACUCAGAAGACAACAACUGUACGGAGCCACGGUUUGUUGCAAUUAUCCACAACUACUGUCAGAAAAAAAGCCUCAGUCUUGAAUUUAUACUAGUAGAAAAACGUGGACCUCCUCAUAACCCUCGAUUUUUCUGCAAAUUAAAAAUUGAGACAAGGGAAUACCCUAUUGCUGAGGGUAAGAAGAUCAAGGAAGCCCAACAUAAUGCAGCAAAGUUGGCCUGGUCUGCUCUUCAGGAGCAGUCAGACUAUGACAGCAAGGUGUCUGUCGGAUCAACAACAUCUGAAGAUGGAGCAGCAGCAGCAUCGCAUGAACCAUCAUCCAUGUCACAAGAUUCUUCUGAGCCAUCGCAGAGCGAGAUGACGGACUCAUCUGAUCCUGCGGAUUCUUCGAACCAGAAUGAUGUGGACAACCAGAAAAUCACAAAUACAAGCAACCCACCAGUGCAGUCAAGCUUCGCAUCAGAUUUUGAGAUCCUUGAAUAUCUUGGCGGAGGAGGGUUCGGUCGCGUUUUUAUGGUGACGGAAAAACUGUUGGAUCUGGAUUAUGCAGUGAAGGUCGUUCCUGGAACAGAAAAAGCUUUGCGAGAGGUGAUGGCGUUAUCAGAUCUCCAACAUGAAAACAUUGUCAGAUACUACAACUGUUGGAUGGAGGAUUUAAAAGUGCAACCAGCGAAAGUCCAAAAGAAACUAAAAGAUGUCACAUGUGGACAGUGCCUCUUUAUUAAGAUGGAAUUAUGUAAACCUGCAACCCUCAAACAAUGGAUUGGUGAGAGGAACGAGGAGGAACUAUCACACCCCCAGAGAGGAGCAGACAGUCUUCCUAUUGCAUUGCAAAUAGUCAAUGGAGUCGAAUAUAUUCACUCCAACAACUUCAUUCACAGAGACCUUAAGCCUCCCAACAUAAUGUUUGGAAAAAAUGGGAAGGUGAAAAUUGGGGACUUUGGUCUCGUCACUAUUGACAGAAGUGAAAUCUUGAUCGACAGAACAGAAGGACCAGGAACCAAAAUCUACAUGGCUCCUGAACAAGAAAGUAAUAGAUAUGAUCGUAAAGUGGACAUGUUUUCUCUGGGUCUGAUCUUUUUUGAACUCCUUUGGAAAAUGUCAACUGGCCACGAAAGAGCAACGAUUUGGAAAAAUGCAAGAAAGGGCAAGCUUCCCAAAGAGUUUUCACAGGCUUUUCCUUUUGAGUAUCGAAUAAUCAAAUCUUUGCUGUCUGAGAACCCAAAUGAUCGACCUGAAGCAAGUCAAGUGAAGGAACAACUGGAGGAAACAAACCAACACUUGGACCAACAUAGUGUGUGAAUGUCAAAAGAAUGAGAGUUUGGUUGGGUAGAAGGAGGAAAUGCUUUAUUUUUACAUGAACUGUGGAGAAAGUUGUCAACAUGCAGCACUUUGGAGGAAUUUUUAGCUUUGAAAAAAAAUUAUUAUGAUUUACUGUACGUGUCUUGCAAUAAUUACAACAUAGAUAAUCAUGCUUGUUCUAAAAAAUCAUGAUUUGGGUCAUUUUAGCAGCUGGUUUCCUUAUUCUUCUCUAGAAAUAGAUCAUCUUUAUAAUCUAUGGGACAACUGGGAGGAAAAACUAAAGGUGGGCUUGUUGGGUUGCCAGAAAGAAAGCUGCAUAUUUUAUUAAACUGUUACUCCUUUGAAACUCAAUUAACUUCAGCAACAUGACGCACAUUGAUGCAUAGAAAGUUAAACAAUCAUUCAGAGGAUGCUCUUGUUUUUAAACAAUGUACAAAAAUGCAUGCAAUGAAAAAUUUGUAAUCCUUGGAAAUUUUAGAUUUUGUUAAGAUUUUUUGGUUUUAAAUUUCAUUAAUAAACCAUUUUCUUCUGUUAAUGAUUUAAGA